GGCAAUACUGCGCUUGCGCCCCAUGGGGCCGCCCUUCCAAGGCGGUACUGACGGUUCCCGGAGCCGGAACCGGUAGACGAGGGGCGGGGCAAGGAAGACGGCGUUUCCCAUUGGCAGAGGAAUCUGUCCAUCCGCUCAGGGGCGGGGCCAGGCGCGAGCGCCAAUUUAGAACUGGGAAGUCAGCGACGGCCUCGGCCUCAGAGACUUCUGCACCCGUCGGCGCCUUCACGUUUUCCUAACAUCGGAGAAGACCAGCAUGGGAGUGAACGAUCUGUGGCAGAUUCUGGAGCCUGUUAAGCAGCACGCCCAUCUCCGGAGUCUCCAGGGGAAGACCCUGGCCGUCGACCUGAGUCUCUGGGUGUGCGAAGCACUCGCCGUCAAAAAGAUGGUCGGCAUCGUUGUCAAGCCCCACCUCAGGAACCUGUUUUUUCGGAUCUCAUCUCUAACCUUAAUGGGAGUAAAACUGCUCUUCGUCAUGGAAGGCGACGCUCCCAAGCUGAAAGCAGACGUGAUGGGCAAACGGAACGAGACGCGCUUCGGGGCCCCCCAAAACCGGGCCCAGAGAUUCACAAGAUCCUCUUUCAAGGCUGUCUUAAAAGAGUGCCUUGACUUGUUGGAGUGCUUGGGAGUUCCGUGGGUUCAGGCAGCCGGGGAAGCCGAGGCUAUGUGCGCCUACCUCAAUGCCCAUGGCUACGUGGACGGGUGCCUCACUGACGAUGGAGACGCUUUCCUUUACGGAGCACAGACUGUUUAUCGAAAUUUCACUAUGAAUGUAAAGGACCCCCAUGUGGAUUGCUACACAAUGUCCUCGAUUAAGAGGGAUCUGGGCCUGGAUCGGGACGCCCUGAUCGGCUUGGCCGUGCUCCUGGGCUGUGACUACCUUCCGAAGGGAGUCCCUGGAGUUGGAAAGGAGCUGGCGCUAAAGCUUGUGCGCUCUUUGAAAGGGCAGAGCUUGCUGCAGAAGUUCGAUCAGUGGAAGGAGGAGUCCCACAGCCCCGACCCGCCGCCAGCGCCAGUUAGGAAGCCGGUUCAUUGCUCCGUGUGCGCCCAUCCAGGCUCCCCCGCGGACCACGAGCUGCGCGGCUGCCGCCUGUGCGGCAGCGAGCGCUACUGCGAGCCCCACGACCCCAAGUACCGCUGCCUGUGCGAGUGGCACCGCGCCGAGCACCGCCGGCUACAGGGCGCCGCCGAGAACAGCGUCAAGAAGAAAGCUUGCGCUUGCCAAGGAUUCCCGUUCCCUGAGGUCAUUCGAGAAUUCCAGGUAAACAAGGAUCGAGUGACCAAGAAAAUCUGCUUCCAGAGACCCAACCUCUUGUCCUUCCAGAUUUUUGCCUUGGAGAAGCUGGAGUGGCCACGGCACUACGCCUGCGAGAAGCUCAUGGGGCUCUUGGCCCAUCACGACAUGGUGGAGCGGGAGCUCGGGCACAAGGGCCCCGGCCAGCUGCGGCCCCUGCGAAUAACCCGCUCCCGCCUCAGGAGCGGCAUCCCUUGCUUGGAGAUCCUGUGGCAGAAGCCAGAGCACUAUGUGAUGGCCAGUGCGGCUCCCCAUGUCGGGCCGUCCGCUGUGCUCACGGUGGAGGAUGCCACCUUGUUUGAAGCUGCCUACCCCGAGGUGGUCGCCCAGUACCAGGAGCAGCUGCAGGAAAACCAGGGGAAGCAGUCCAGGAGUAAGAAGAACAAGGCGAAGGGGGGCGGAGAUCUGCUGGACGUGGGCGAGGUGGCGGGCCUUCUGGCCCACGUGAGACUCUCCCACGAGAUGGCCCCGGGGCCGGCCGCCAAGGCACCCCCGAAAGCGCCCCCGGAGGAGGAAUGGCCGCAGAGAAGCGGCCCCGUGGGGGGCAGCAGGCUUUGGGGCGGGGCUCCCCUAAGUCUGGAGGCCUGGCAGCUGCCCGCCCCCACCCCCACCCCCGCUUCCACCCCCACCCCGCUGAGACUCGGGGGCUCGCAGCACAGCGGGGCCAGCGGUCAUCUGUUGCCCAUGUCCGAGCUCCAGGACGAUAGCUUGGCCAUCGAGGCCCUCCAGCUGAGCUCCAUCGACUGGGAGGGCACCUCCUUCAGCGCCUCCCCCGGGGCCCACCCCUCAGGGCCCGGCGGGGACAGUCCCCACGAGCCCCAGAGCGCCGGCUCGGCCAGAGCCCAUUCGAGCCUCGGUCCGACCCUUCAGCCUCUGAAGGAGCGGGGGGGUGUCCAGCCACUGGCCCAGCCCCAGCUCUCUGCUCCGGACAGGCGCCACGGCCACUGGGCCGACCCGGAAGCCUCGGCGCUGCAGAGGAAAGGGGCCUUCGCCGCAAAGAGCAGCCCCUCCUUCGAGCCCCAGCAGCCUAACCGUAGCCCCCCAGGUCUUCUCCCAGUGUUCCGUUUGCAGAGCGGCCUGGACCAGUCUGACGUGGCGAGCAGGAGAGCGCCCAGAGCUGGCGCGUUUGUGCCCCUGGGCCCCGGCAAUCCGACGCUGAGACCCCUGGGCCGGGGGCUCCCCCGACUUCAGCCCGAGGCUCAGGCUGCUCCAAAGAGGUUCCCCAAAAAGACCGUCUGCCUCCCCUGCAGCUCCUCGGAGGAGGAGGACGAGCUGACCAGCAGGAGCGAGAAGUGCUCGCGGCCAAAGGGGAAGCCCGAGCAGCGCCCUCCGGCCUGGCUCCAGACCAGCGUCCCGCGGCCGGAUCCCAGAGCCCUCUGUAAGGGAGCCGGGGCUCCGCGCUCGGCCACGGCCGCCUCCGCCUUUGGCCUCCUGGACGCUGCGGGGAGCUCGCCACGGCUGGGCCUGUGCCCGUCCCCUCCCGGGGAAACGAAGGCCUCCAGUCUGCUUCUGGAGAGCCCUCUGCCUUUGGCCCAGAGACUGAAACUGCGCUUCCAGAGCAGCUGACAGCCCCCGAGGGCUCGCCGUGACCCGGAGCCCAGCCUGGAGGGCUCGGAACUGCAGAGAUGCCGGAGCAAGGACCUGGUCCCCCAGACCUGGUGUGGCCACUGCCCGGGGGCUCUGAACGCAGGGAUUGUCAGGCUUCCCUGGGGAAAAUUCUUCUUUAGUCUAAAUUAAACGGGGGGGAGGGGGAAAGGGAGCAGCCGCCGCCAGGCUGUGGCUUGUCGGGCCUAGGGUUGGAGGAGGCCGGAGCUGUCCCGGAGCUGUCCCGGAGCCGUCCCGGAGCCGUCCCGCAGCCCAGGCAGCCCCAGCACCCGCUGUCAUUGGGACCCUGAGAGCCGCGGGCGUAACCGUGUGUCGUCCUGUUGGUUCUCAGGCCCAGACCAGCAGCCUUGGCUCUUUCCGGAAGUUCCACGGGGAGCCGGACUCACCUUCCCGUAACCGCCCCCUACUUGGGAUUUCUCUUUGUAGGCGAAAGUAACUGAACUUCAUGUCGCCCCUUUUGUUACUAAUUGUGACCCCCUCCCCCCAUUUGUGUGUAACUCUAGGUGAACACGCAGACAAGUCGCUUUCUGUCCCCUCAGAGGGGAGGGAGGGAGAGAGAAAAUGGGGAACUCAGAAUUUUUUAAAGGGAAUUUUAUAAAUUGUCUACACGUAGAUGAAGAAAAACAUUAUUUUAAAACAGUUUUUAAAAAGCUAAUGUCCAGAAUCGGCUUGGAACACUCCAAGUCGAUCCAGGUCUAGGGUAGCCUUGAGUUUCGCUCAUUCUAAUGUUCUCAAAUGCCUACCUGGGGCCCAGAACCUUGAGGAGGACUUGGAACCGAAAGCGAGGGGCUCUGUUCCCCUUUUUGGCUCGGGGCAGAUGGACCCCAAAGUCGCUAGUGAGUCGCUCCCUGUCCCUCCACCCAGUGCAUCCCCUGGCAGGUGGUUCACUAGCUGAGCCAAUAGCCCACCUUGCGGAUGAUAAUUCUCUCUGGACACCGGACCUCAGAUGCCCCCCAAAUCCAAAAAGCGCUGCAUUUAUGAGGGGCCCAGUAGGAAGGACAUGACUCUCCCCGUGACCCAUGGAGGGUACUUCCCACAUACACAGUUGGGGAGCUCUAAGCUGCUGGCUUCUUGGUCGCCAGUGGCCCAGGUGAGCUGGAGAAGGCCUCCCUGCGUGUGGCUGGGAGCCGGCAAGGAGAACUCGGCGCAGCGGGAGAGAAAGCGGGACGCAACGGCUUCCCCGGAGACGCGGCGGACUUCUCCGACGGUACCACGCCAGGUCCUCACCUUCUGAGUCAGCCCGCCCUCCGCAGCUCAGUGAUUGGCUGACUGCGCGCAGCCGCGGACCGCCAGCCCGUUCUUGACACGGAUGCUCCGGGACAGUGCCCGUGGGUCUGAAUGAGCUCUGGAGCCCACACCCCGGGUGCUGGAACAUCCUGAGCUGUGUCGGGCCACCAUUGCCAAGGGACAGGAAGGUCAGCCCAUCUCAGAAGGGAACCCUAAGAGGUCCUUCUAGAACACCUCGGAGGCCCGGUGACGGCUGGGAAGGAGCAACAGCCGCCUGUGGUCUGAGCCCUGGCUUGGUGCCAUGAUGCCCCCUCAAAGGGCCAUCCAUCGUCUCAAAUUCAUAUUAAAGAUCGCCGUGCCCGGAGGAUCCUUCAUGGCUCGGAGCUGCGAGAAAGCCGGGGGCAGCUCAUUGUGGUGGGGGAGGGGAUCCUGGAUCUGGGGGCAAGACCCCACCGACCCACCAUGGCAGCCCUUGGCCAAAGCUUAUUGGCUGAUCGAUGGGUCUCAUCUGUGAAGAUGGCGACAGCCUGCCUGCCCUUGGAGGGCGUUAAAGCGCUAACCACGUGCGGGAAAGGACCCAGCCGAGAACACAGGAAAAUGUGUUCUUUUAACUGGAUCCAAAGUGAAGCUUUUCAUUCCUGGCAACAAACACUGCUUAAUUCUGUGAGAAUUUUUAAAAACAAACUUUAAACUUAUUUUGUUUUUAUAUAGAAGACAAAGAUUUCCAGACAUUCAAGACAAUUUGGGGGUAAGAGGCGAAAGUGAAUUGCCAAAUUGGAAACAUUUUGGGAUUAGCUUUUCCUCUUGCUCAGAUAGUCCUUAGUAUUGCUUUGAAAACAAUUUCUAUUUAGAGAAAUAAAGCAAUUUUUAUAAGAUCAAAUUUGA